AUGUUUCUGGCAGAGAAGGGUUCGUUUCCCGCACACGGCCUUUUCCAUGAGCUCACUGCAGAUCCACAAACGCACACUUUGGAGAGUUUCCAGAGAGAGCCACAUUUGGAUCAGAGUGAGAGGAAAGAAGGAAACAGAAACACCGCUCUCAACGACAAGAAGAAACAUUUACGGUUUAGUGUUACAGCAGCUUUGGUCUGGUCCGGCUCAGACCUCAGACCGGCUCAGACCUCAGACCGGCUCAGACCGGCUCAGACCUCAGACCGGCUCAGACCUCAGACCGGCUCAGACCUCAGACCGCGCUGCUUUGUGAGAUUUACUGCUUCCUGA